AAUGGGUACUCAUGUCCAAACGGCUGAUAAAAACAUAACAAUAAUCCACAAGCAAUCCACACCACUCCAGUCCCUCACUUAAUGUCUUCUCAUCUGAUUCGGGAGAAAAAAAAUUACAGAUCAAACAUCUGUUUGGACUCUAGUUCUGACGGCACCCAUUCACUGCAGAGGAUCCAUAAGUGAGCAAUUGGACUUAUUUUGGCCAGAAGUGAGAGUUUAAAAUUAAACGUUAAAAUCUUAUGCAAAUCUGUUCUGAUGAAGAAACAAAUUCAUCUAAAUAUGCAUUAUACAGAAAAAUAGAAAAAGCAGAAAACUAAUUUUAUAUACACUGCAGCACUCUUAUGUCACUUUUCAUGGUUAAUAAUAUCCAAAUCGUAAAUUACCUUUAAAAGCUUAUGGGAAGUACAUCAUAAGGCUACUUUGGUGAUGCCAUGUUGCGAUUAAUCUCAAAAUAUUAAUGAGCUCAACCGCAGAUAAUUUGUCAAGUGUUUUUUCACAGCGUAAUUGAAUGUAUGACUGAAUGCCUGACGUGCGUGAACACAGGUACCGAUGGUCACGUUAGAGUCUUCAGCACCAAUUUGCGCCAUAGCGCAGCGUGCAGUGUGCGUCAGCGCUCAAGUGCAGCAGUCAAACACAUUCUCACAUAACACACUAAGCAGACACAUAACUUUCUAAGGUAGGAUUUGAUUUACAAUGGCUGAUAACCUUAAUUGCAGCAGCGGUAACUGCUCCAGUGCGCAGGAAGCGUUUGAUUUAUCCGAGGGACACUUUACACUCGUGAAAGCUGCGGUUCUUGGGUGUAUUUUCGUGCUGGCAACAUUUAGCAAUUUAUUCCUCCUCCAUGCCCUUUGGAAAAGACGGAAAAGACGGACUCGAACUCAGCUGUUUCUCCUGCACCUGUGCCUGGCUGACCUGGUGGUCGCUUUCUUCCAAGUGCUGCCGCAGUUAUCCAUGGAGAUUACGCACCGGUUCAAAGGCUCUGAUCUGGUGUGCAGAGCGGUUAAGUAUCUUCAAGUGGUCGGGAUGUUCGCGUCCACGUAUAUGAUCGUGGCCAUGACCAUAGAUCGUUAUCACGCGGUCUGCAAACCCAUGGUGUCGUUCUUUAGAGGGUCUUUCCGCAGGUACGUUGCCAUAAGCGCAGCAUGGCUCAUCUCCCUGGCGUUCAGCUCUCCGCAGAUGUACAUCUUCUCUCUCCAAGAAGUUGAGAAGAAUGUUUUCGACUGCUGGGCGACGUUUAUUGAGCCCUGGGGAGGUAGAGUAUACAUAACGUGGAUCACUCUGUCCGUGUUUGUUCUGCCAGCCGUAAUCUUGAUGUAUUGUCAGAUAAAAAUUUGCGCAGGGAUCUAUUUCAACAUGAAGAGGAAAGCCUUGCAGAGCAGCACAGGUGAUGGGCGCUCCAGCACUAAAGGGAUAUCAAGCGCAAUGCUGAAGACUGUCAAAAUGACUUUUAUUAUCAUCCUGGUGUACACCCUCUGCUGGAGCCCGUUCUUCGUGGUCCAGCUCUGGUCAGCUUGGAGUCCAAGCAGUGCGCCCACGCAAGGUCCAGUGUUUGUCACUAUCAUGCUCCUCGCCAGUCUUAACAGCUGCACAAACCCAUGGAUCUACCUGUAUUACAGCUAAAACCUCAAGGACACUGAUCACCCACAGUUCCUGCUGCUGAAGACUGCAUGGUCUUAGCACACACUUAUACAUAAGCUAUUUCUAACAACUGAAGGGAUUUUGGCUAUGGAAAGUUGCUGCCUAAUUUGGCAGGGUCAUUUGUUCUUAUUAAAAUAAGAAAUAUACUAUGUGUGCGGCUAUAAAGGGAACAAAGGAGAACUGUUUCCUUGUAAUUGUUGCAUGUGCAUGUGCUAAACUGUAAAUGUAUGUAACUGUAGAUAUUCAAUGAUUCUGACAGGUGUAUGACUAAUGGCACCUUGCCUUUGUGUGAUAAUGUGCCCUGUGAUUUACAGGUAAUGAACCAGUCUUGUAUCAAGAGAAUAGUGGCUCUUAUUUAAAGAAAAUCAACUUUUAUUAUAAUUAUUUCCCAAUAUAGAAAGAUAUUUAGCACAUUUAGCAUAAAAAGAAUCUGCAGAUGUGACUGUCAUUGCAUGUGUGUGUGUGUGUGCGUACGAAGAGAGAGUCUUUUGUUUAAUUUAUAAAGCACUAUGAAUUGUUUCUCUAACCUCUGUAAAUUGCAAUCCAUUUAAAGUAAUUAAAAAAAGAAACAUUAUUUCCCAUUCCUCAUUUAAAUGAUAAUGCAAAAGAGCCUGUGUAUAAAGCUGUAUAGGAUUAAAAUGAUGUGUGACGGUUUCCAUAGUCACAGUGUUUUCUCGUGCUUUCACACACACUCAUUUCUUUGUACUGCAAAGCCUGUUUUCUGUCAAAGUAACUGUGUAGAGAAUGCCUUCACGCAUUUUGAAAUGUGUUCCUUAAAUAAAGUGGAAUGAAAGGAGAAUGUUCCUUUACUAAAAACCGGGAAUCAUCAGUCAGCAUUUUCAGUGAUCAGAUUCUUAAUUAUAUUUCCCUCCAGUAAUUUCUAUGCUUCUAUUCCCUCUGAUCCCAUAAAUAAUGAAGGAAUACUGAAUAUUUAAUGCAUCUGAAUAUAGUUCCUCACAUAUUUGUAGAUUAAAAACAGUUAAUCUUUUGGAUGAGAACUCAUGUGUUU